GCAUAGCACACUCGGUCGCAACACAACCUCCUUUACUUCUUCACAGCCGAGUAGUCAAAUACAUUUCUAUCCUCAUUUCUUUCAAUACUACAUACUUUGCAGUCUGCUUCCUCCAGAUCCAGAUAGCUUUGUGUCCCAUUUUUAUCACAAAGAAUACUACAUUUCCUCUUUGCUCCUGCACAUAUCUAAUCACUAUUAGUCGAUAUACAUCAUACACGUUCAAAACUUCCUCUGCGUUCCAGCAUCAAUAAUCUUGGGCAAACGAACCCUGCCACUAUACAUUCUAAACCAUAAUCAACCCUUACAACGAACAUCCAUCAUGGCCAAGCAUUCAAAAGACCAAGGAAAAGCUUCUAGUAAGCCGAAGCAGAAGACCAGGAAGUCUAGGAGUGAAAGAACCUGUGAUGAACUCACUGCGCAGCCGAGUAGCAACGAUCGUCAGAGACACCAGAUCGAUACUAUCAUGCAGUCAGAGGCGAGACCCAUAUCUCAAGAGCAGAUAGAUCAAGGGUUUCAAAGCCUCUACCCUGAUUCCAAAGCAGUUGAAGACAGAUGGAUCGAGGAUGAUCUUGCCUCCGCUUCUCAUGAACGGAGUUUCGAUGAGGCCAAUUCUUUUUUCGAAGCACCAGAACAAGAACUUCAGGGACCGGUCGACGGUCCGUUAUCUGCGAGUGACUUUGAAAACGACCUUGGGGUAUUCGAUCACUUAGGUGCUCACAUACCUACUGCCAUUCACUUCGACGCCCAAUCCGCCGGGUACACUUCACCACAGUGGUCGUGGGAGGCUCCUGUCACUACCACUCAGAACAUUACGUUCUCUACACCAUCUUCAUACAAUGCUUCGACUACGGCGAUCGCUUACCGGGGCACCUAUGAUUCUCCGAUCUCAACAGUUUAUAGCCAACCUACUACUGCCACUCUCGAUACCCUUCCGGUGACGAUUCAAUACCAGCUGGAAAGAUGGGCGUAUGAAAACCGCCAUGAUGAGAUAACACCUGCCGAUCAAAUGGAAGGGUAUAACUAUAACCACUAGACCAAAACAAAUCAGUACCCGAAUAAUAAUCAUUGAUUAAAUGUAAGUGCGUGCCA